UGAGGAGGAGGAGGAGGAGAAGGAGGAGGAGGAGGACGAGGAGGACGAGGAGGCGGCGCCGUCGUCGUCGCCACCGCCGCGAAGCCCCCCGGGCCUGUCCCGUCCCGUCCCGUCCCGUCCCGUCCCGUCAUGUGGAAGCUGAGCAAGGGCAAAGUGUUCCUGGGAGAGCCCCCCGCCCCCCGGGCCCCGGAGCCGCCGUCGCCCGCGCCCCCCGGGACGCCCCCCGAACCGCAGAAUGACCAGUUGCUUCAAGAUGAAAUUGCAUCUUCUGGAUCUACACUUGCAACCAAGGUUCAGGGAGCAAGUUUCCGAGGUUGGAAAGAAGUGACCUCGAUGUUCAAUAAAGAUGACGAACAACAAUUACUUGAAAGAUGUAAAUCUCCCAAAUUUAAAGGAACUAGCUUGAGAUCGAAAGACGACGUGAAGACGGAGAAGAGGUCUGGAUUUUGGGAUAGCCUGGUGUUGAAGCAGACUACGCCGUCCAAGAAGCCGGAUGAGAUGGAAGGGUGGGAGCCUCCCCCGAUCCCCGCGGACGACCCCUCCGCCGACGCGGCCAAGACGCUGACUGACCGCCUGUCCUGGCCCAGCUGGGAAGAGGCGGCCCCCAAGGGCUCCGCCAAGUACACCAACCUGCCCAGUUCGGCCAACAGCUCCAGGUGGAGCAUUAAGUCGGCGGGGAAGUUGGUCAGCAUCCGGCGUCAGAGCAAAGGGAACCUGACCGAUCACUGGGAGGAACUCGAAUGAUCCCCGCCGUCGGGUUCUACAAGAGAAGCGUUUCCCCGUUGCCACGUGCGAGCAAACCAAAACGUGCGCCGUCUAUUACACCUGUACUUUUA